AGUUAAUAAGCAUCAUCAGAUGAACAAAUAAACGAAAAUAAUAUUUUUAUAUUAGCCUAUAUUAUUUUAAUAGUGUUGCACUGGGAAUACAAGUUUUAUAUAUUGGUGUCGGCUGCAGUAAAUCAAGAUGAAUGUCAGUGUUAUGGCGCCAAGUGGCAUGGUGGUGACACCACACCACUUAGCUACUCAAACUGCUAUACUCAUACUUCGUCAAGGUGGAACUGCUGUAGAAGCCAUGGUUGCUGCGGCAGCUACAAUAGCUGUCGUGUAUCCGCAUAUGAACUCUAUUGGUGGAGACGGGUUUUGGCUUAUAGUUCCACCGUGCGGUGAUCCUAUCGCAAUAGAAGCCUGUGGAGGAGCUGGAAGCUUAGCAAAUUUAGAUCUUUAUGCAGGGCUGAAGAAGAUACCUACACGAGGUCCAAAAUCGGCACUUACCGUUGCUGGCACUGUUGGGGGUUGGGAAGAGGCAUUAAAAUAUAUUACUGAAAAAGGCUAUAAUCGAUUACCGUUGUCGUAUCUUUUAGCAGAUGCAAUACGAUACGCUGAACACGGAUUUCCAAUUUCAUCUAGUCAGGCUCACACUAACCUUGAAUUCGCUAAAAAACACGCAAACUUUUCACAAGGAUUUAAAGAUGUAUUUUAUCCAGGUGGACGAGUUUUGGAAACUGGCGAUAUAUUAAAGCAACAAGCGUUAGCGGAAACUUUUAAAGAGCUUGCUAAUAAAGGAUUAGAUAGUUUUUAUCGUGGAAAUAUAGCUGAUCUUAUAGCAGAAGAUUUGGCAUCUAUCGGUAUGCCCAUAGCUAAAUCAGAUCUUACCAAUUAUUACGCAGAAAGACGACAGCCAUUACGCUUACAACACUCUCAUGGAGAGCUCAUGAACUUGCCUCCACCUUCACAAGGUAUACUUUCAUUGUCUAUACUCGGUAUACUAGACCAGUUACACGUUGAUGGUAAAAAUGAAGGUCAUUUUAUUCAUUCUGCAGUAGAAGCUACAAAACAAGCUUUCAAAAUGCGCGAUGAAUAUAUCACGGACCCGAAAUAUAUGAAAGUGACUCCUGAGUCGUUAUUAUCACAUAAACACAUCUUCGAAAUGGCAAGUCGUAUUAAUUUUGAGCGUGCAUCGGAGGACGCUAAAGGCGACGGUCCUGGUGAUACCAUUUGGAUGGGUAUUAUGGAUAGUUAUGGAUUUUCUGUUUCCUUUAUACAGAGUAUAUUCCAUGAAUAUGGUAGUGGUGUAGUGUUACCUAAAACGGGUAUAUUGUGGCAGAAUAGAGGGGUCUCUUUUAAUUUACAGGAAGGAUCUCUACGUUGUUUAGAACCGGGAAAGAAACCCUUCCAUACAUUAAAUCCCGCAGCAGCUAUACUUAAAGACGGAAGAGUCAUGGUGUAUGGGACACGUGGAGGAGACGGUCAACCUCAAACUCAAGCAGCAAUAUUUCACAGAUACGUCGUGCAAGGAAUUAACUUGCAACAGUCUAUUUACUUACCAAGGUGGGCGUAUGGUCCUUUGACUAUGGAUCCUACCAACAUAUUACGGCUCGAAAACAGAUUUGAUCCUAUUACUGUAGAUUAUUUGAAAGCAAGAGGUCAUAAGAUUGAAAUUAUUGCAGAAUUUUCGGAAAUGAUGGGACAGGCCGGGGCUUUAGUCAAGCACCCUGAUGGCAUGUUUGAAGGAGGUUGGGAUAUACGUAGCAAUGGAUUUGCUGCUGGAUACUAGUCAUUUUUAUACUUUUGUAUUAUUUUUGUACAAGUUAUUUUUAUUGUAAAAAGAUAUCGUUUUGCUCCACUAAAAUACUCUAAUUUAAGUAUAAAAUAAAUGUUUAAGAUGAA